GGCUGAGGAGAGGCGAGCCGGCCAGGCACUGGCUGCUGCCCACCGCCGAGAGGAGCUGCCUGUCAACAUCAGCCUGGGCCGCAGCGCACCGCCGCUACGGGUGGGCAGGUGACUCAUUCAGCUACCGCUCCCAGGGGCAAGGGAUUCAUGCCCGGCUGCUUCGCUCAUCCCCUCCUCCAGUCAAGCCCCUCUAAGUCCUAGCAAAUCCACUUACAGAAACAUCUCAACUCAGAACGCAGAGUGGCCUCCGGCUGCGUGCACAGCCAUCCAGUCAUCCCACAGCUGUCCACGGAGUGCCGACUGUGCAGCGAAACCGUGUGUCCUCCAGGGCAGGCGCCAUGUUGCAUUCAGCUCUGUACCCCCAGCAUCUAGCAGUGUGGGCACGUGGUAGGCACUCAAGAAAUGUGUUGAGUGAACGAUGCCUGUGACAAGCACCUGGACUUUAUUCUUUCCUGACCCUUGCUCCUGUGACACACCUCCUCCUGACUGUCACUGUCACCCCUUCAAAGCAGAACUUCUCUAGGGACUCUGGAAGGGAAACAGCUAUGGCCAAGGACAUCCUGGGGGAAGCAGGGCUGCACUUUGAUGAGCUGAACAAGCUGCGAGUGUUGGACCCAGAGGUCACCCAGCAGACCAUAGAGCUCAAGGAAGAGUGCAAGGACUUUGUGGACAAGAUUGGCCAGUUCCAGAAAAUAGUUGGUGGUUUAAUUGAACUCGUUGACCAACUUGCAAAGGAAGCAGAAAACGAGAAGAUGAAGGCCAUCGGUGCUCGGAACUUGCUCAAGUCCAUAGCGAAGCAGCGGGAGGCCCAGCAGCAGCAGCUGCAGGCGCUCAUCGCGGAGAAGAAGAUGCAGCUGGAAAGGUAUCGAGUUGAAUACGAAGCUUUGUGUAAAGUAGAAGCUGAGCAAAAUGAGUUUAUUGACCAAUUUAUUUUUCAGAAAUGAACUGAAAACUUAAUUUUUAUAGGAGGAAGGCAAGAAAAAAGCCCCCCAACCCCCAAAAAACCUCUGUCCCAGGUCCCGGGAGACAGUGUCCCGGAAGGCAGUGUGCGGGGAGCUGGUUUCUAAAGGUCCGUGCCCGGCCCCUGCCGCCGAGCACCGCUUCUCACCUCUGCCACUCAGUCUGAACCAAAUUCAUACCGCUUUGGAAAGAAAAGCAAUAAAUUAUUUUCAACUGGUU